AUGGUCAUGGUUAAAAGAGUUCGCAAAGUGCUGAAAACAAAGAAAAAGCCGACAGAAACCCAAACGGAAGAGUCGACAGAAUUACCUUCAGUAAAGUCUGCCGAUGUCGAUGAUGUCUCUGAGGGCCACAAGGUCUUAUUAGAGUCUCUUCUACCGUCACCUUCAGAUUUUUUACAGAUUUUCGAUAUGUCGGACAUACCGACUCCAGUAAUAACGUUCGCUUUGCCCAACUUGUCCAGCUCUUCUGAAUCUAAACGUGAUGUGGAAAAACCUGAAAAGACGGCGUUGAAGAAGAAGAAGAAAGGUCCCGCGGCGUCUUCUUCCUCCGAGAAAAGGCCAAUGACGGCGCAAGCUUUAAAUAACGAAGUAUUUGAAACGUAUCUUUGAACUGAUUUUUAAAAAAUUCAGAUUGUUUGUAUGAGAAAGGUGAUCAAAACCGCGAAAGGUCACCUCAUGGGCGACUUGGUGCGCAAAAAGAAAGCGAUUGAUCACAAAAUCGCAAAAAUGGAGAUUUCCAGUGUUAAGAAGUCCGAGUUUGAUCGUAAGGCCCAGCGUCUGGCAGAAGAAAUCAAAGAAAUCAAGGUUUCAUUCACUGAAAAUGCUUUCAAUGGCUUUUUUCUCGCUCAGGUGGUUGACAAGGACACAGUUUCCAAGUUCGCCCUGCUCAAUAAGAAGAAACUGAACGAAUUCCGUAUUCAGGUCGACUUCUUUUCAUAUUUCAACUCAUUGAAAGUUUCAGGGCGACACUCCAGUUUUGGAGCGUCUCAUGUACAAACUGGCUUGUGAGGAUCCUGUGGUGAAAGCUGUUCAGAAGUUUCGGUGGGAAAUAUGAUGAGAGACAUUAAUUUUUGUUAUGAAUUCCAGUGAAAAAUACCUACAAUGGGAGUCAUCCACGGCGUUUUUCCUACAACGGCUUGGUCUUCAGUAUUCUGGAAAAGAGGAGAAGAAAGACGUCAAAAGAGAAAUCAUUGAAAAAGAACAAGUAGAGGAAACUGCUGAGAAAGGAUCGGACGAUCCCGAGGAGGAUUCUGAAAAAGAGUCGAUGCACGAUUCCGAGGAAGCCGAAGACGGAGAUUUAGAAGAAGAUUGCCACAUCUCGGACAUCGAAAUUUGCGACAGCGAUGAAGAAGUCGAAGCAGAAGCUGCCGAAAAACGACGAGCUCUCGUAAAUAAAGGAUAGCUUUGCUCAAUUUCGAAAUUUUUCUUGCAGUUUUUGGGUUUGGCGGGCUUGAAAGAGGACAAAUCUCGACCGGCGCCAAAAGCACAAUCGAAAAAAGCUCUGGAAAGCGACGAAGAGGAAGAAAUUGAGAAAGAACCGAAGAAAAUCACCGGUACUUCUGUAAAACAAUCCAAGGAACUUUUGCAGCAGGUUCUGAAGAAAAGCCUGAGUGACGUCAAGGUUCGUUAGCUUUUUAUUGUAUUGAAUACAUCGUUAUUUCUUGAAUACUCCAGCUAUAAUCGUAAACAGCUAAAAUAUGUGAAUACGAAAAAAUUUGAACUGUAUUCAAAAUUUUUAAAAAGGAAAUUCUUCACAUCUUACAUUUUAUGGUAUGAACUUUCUUUUUGUCAAAUUGCGCGCAGAAAAAAAUAUAUAAAACUUUCCUUACUCCUUUUUUCAAAAAAAAAACUAUAACGAACCCUCUUGAAAAUCGAAUUUUCAACUCUACUUUGAACUUCCAGGCCAAGAAACCUAAAGGGGACAAAGGCGAAAAAGAAAAAGAAGGAAGGAAUAGCGACAAAAGCGCCUUCUUCUGAACCCGCAAAGGAUGAAGGACCCACGAUCCCCUCUCAGGUGCCAUUUCAUUUUGAAAUUCAAAAUUUUCGAUUUUCAAGGCGGUUGUCCGUCGCGUCAACUUAUCUGAAGGAGGUUUUAUCGCCAAAGAAACUCCGGACGCGAAUGUUGCCCAUGAAAGAAAAGACAGCAGCGAUGAUGAGGAUGAAGAGGCAAAAUCUUCAUUUUUCGUCACGAAAAGUGUCGCCGCCACCAAGCGCAAAGAAAUGAGAGAAGAAAAAUCGAAACGUUUGUUUUUCUCUAUACUGUAUGCGGAAUAAUUUUCUUGUUCAGAAAAAAACGAAGAGGUGGAAGUGAAGCGGUUGAGACUGUCUGCACCCCAAAACUCCAACAGAAGAGAUGGUCCAGCUACGAAGAAAUUCGGAAAGGGCUCUAGCAAACAGGCUCAAGGUUCAUCUUUCCUAUUUUAAUCUCUACAUAUUUUUUUUUCCAGAGGAAGUUCAUCCGUCUUGGGCGGCACGGAUGAAUCAGCGCAAGGAGCAGAACGUCGUACCAUGUGGCAAGAAGACCAUUUUCGCCGACGACGACUAG